GCAGUUCCUCCGAAGGAUCCACAGUGAUAAAUCCAUCAUCUGCACUCACAAUGCGGUUCUUCAAUUUUAACACCAUCCUCGCCGCAGCCAUGCUCGCUCUUCCAUCUGCCCUUGCGGCAGACUGUCGGGACCUGGAGACCUGCCUCACCUACUACGAAGACGCAGAAUGCAAAGGACCCCUCGGCAAUGUGACCGGCAAACCUUUCGACGGACUCGGCAGCUACGCCGUCACCUGCAAAAACAAUUGCUUUCACUAUCCCGCAAGUUUCAAAAGCCUGCAGUUCGACAACUACGACGGUGUUUACAUUAGUUGCGAAGUCUUUACCGAUUCCGAUUGCAGGAAAAAUAAGAAAAAACUUGAAUCAGAUCAUGGAACUGUUUAUGCUAUAAAAGAUCCAAAGGGGGACCAUGGCUUACAGCGAACGUGCGCCAAGCAUGAGGGCGAGGGCGACUGGAAGAGUAUGAAAUGCGUCAAGAGCACGUGCCCGGAUUGGUCGUUGGCGUGGUGGUGACACGGUUCACGGACUUGUUAUGUGCCUAGAACUUAACACUCUUGGCACUCAUACCCGUGUGUUCUCUCUGUCCUCGAAUCAGAGAGAUUGUCAUACAGGCAUCAUAAGCUCAUACUAUACCUCGCCAAGUGUACGGGGUAGCGUGUGAGGCACCUAUCUUGGGCAAUCUUACAUGUCUAUAUAGUGACCUAGGACUGCAGGACAGCGACUUAUCGAGUAGUCACGGACAUGGAUGUAUAUAACAACGCAAUUGUAUAUAGAGACAUUACCUUACAAGAACAAGA